AUGUCUAAUAGCAGUGCCAAUAUCCGACGACAGAUAGGCUUCUUCAAGAAGCAAUUGCAAAAAUUCUGUUCUGAGGCAACCGAUUCACUGAGGGAAUAUGGUAUUUCACCAACUGCUCCACGACUCGAGGUUCUUGACGAUGAUGCAAUCGAAACCUUCCGCCUGGAACUCACCACCAUCCGUUCCAACCUGCUCAAGAACUAUGCCAAAAUCACAAAACUGGACGAGGAAUGGAAUACACUCCAACAAGCCAACCCUGAAGAGCAGCAGGUACUAGCUAAAUACAUCAAAAAAUAUGGAGAUUAUCAUGACAGUAUCGCUGAUGCCGUAAAACAACUGGAAGUGCUUGACGUUCUUUUGAAUUCUAUUGAUCAAGAGUUUGCACGCCGUCGUCUGCCUGCUUCCUCUAUUUCGUCUGAAACUCAUACUCCAGAUGAGGACCAACUUUGGAAUCGCGGUACGCUCCAUACUUCUACCAUCCAUCAAAUCUCGGAUCCAUCUCUAUUGAACUUUGUCGACGCCUCCAUUCUAUCCAAGCUCGAGCUGCCCACCUUUGAUGGAAACCUUCUCGAUUACCCAGAAUUUCAGUCUAGAUUCGCUACCUUAGUGGGAAACAAACUCCAGCUGGAUGACACCACCAAGUUUUCUCUCCUGAAAUCAUGUUUGCGAGGCAAAGCACUGCACGUCAUCCAGGGUUUAUCCAUAACUCCUGCCAAUUACAAGGUGGCAAUGGAUAUCCUUCGCACACACUUUGACGAUAAAGUCACCUUAAAACACAUCCUGUACACAAAGCUAGCCUCACUUCCAGCCUGCGAUCUCGAGGGCAAAAAUCUUCUCUCUCUUUAUAACCAGAUGUACUCGCUUGUUCGACAGUUCUGCAAUGGCACCGAUGAUUCAAGCGAAAAGGCCCUCGGAGCCCUCCUCCUGAAUAAGCUCCCUCCCCACGUCAGAAGUCAAAUUUACGACCGGACUCAACACGAUCACAAUGUUUCUCCCACGGAGCUCCUGCACCUACUCACGAACAUAGUACGCAAAGAAUCCACGCUUUCUGAAAUGAAUUUUUACUCGAAGCAACAACAUCCAAGCUUUCAUCAAGGAGCGUAUGUAGCCAAUAAGCAGUCUCAAUCCACUCGUCUCAAACCCACUGGCACAAGGCAUCCGCAAAAUUGCUCAUUUUGCAACUCUAGCAAUCACUCGUCUCUGAACUGCCCGAAAUACGCUACCCCUCGACAACGUUCUGAAGAAGCACGAAAACGGCGGCUUUGUUAUAAUUGUCUUUCUCCUCAUCACAACACGAGAGAUUGUCCGUCAAAAUUUCGUUGCAGGAUAUGCGCGAGGAAACACCAUACUUCACUUUGCACAUCCUCAAGGUCACAAUCCCCUUCCCGUCCAACACAACCCACUUCGCGUCAAGACACCCAUCGCGGGAGAAAAGAGUAUACUCGACAUUCAAUUCCUCGUCCAGAAAUUCAACAUGGCAAGCCAUAUUCUCCUAACACUUCUCCAUCAAGACGUCAUAAUCGCACUGUCCACUUCGACCUCGCUCACUCUGCAAUCAUUGACAAUCAACCAUCGUCAGAAACAGAACAAUCGGUACCCACGAUUUCCUCAGAAGACACUUUAACCAACGUCACCUUUAUGUCGAAUGAAACCUCCAACCGACCGAUCCCCUUGAUGUGUGCUGAAGUCAAGCUGUUCAAUCCCGAUGAUUCAUCGCAUCAUGUCACCGUAACCGCCUUUCUUGAUUCUGGUUCUAGCAUUUCCUAUAUCACGGAUGAACUGGCGACUAUUCUUGAUCUACCUGAUGUCACAACCGAGACAGUUACUGUUUCGACCUUUGGAGAAAGGACGCCACGAAGAAUGAAAUGCUCGGUUUACAGAGUGGAGAUAGAAACAGAAUGGUGCCAAAUGUUUGACGGUGAAAUCUACUCCCUUCGUGGUUGGAGAUGUAGCACAAAUUGCACCCGACAGCGACUUAUCCGGCAUCGCCUCCUUAACACUACGAUCGGCGACAUCAUCCUGAACAAAGCCCUCGAUACGAGAUACAACAAUUGUAGCCUCGUCGCUGUCGAAAAUAAUGAUAUGGCAAAUCCGGCACACCACAACGACUUAUGUGAAAUGGUCAGUCGAUUUUGGAAACUCGAAUCGAUAGGGAUACUGGAUAACCCAAAUCAAUGUGAAGAUACAGAGUGCCUUGAUUAUUUCAACAACACCAUAUACUAUGAUCGUAAAGAGAAACGUUAUGUCGUCUCGCUACCUUUCAAAGAGGAUCCAGCAAACGUCCCAGACAACUACUCACUAGCGUAUUCCCGCCUUCGCAGCCAACUGAAGCAGUUACAGCAAAAUCCAUCAUACUUGAAGAUGUAUCAUGCAGUGAUUCAGGACCAACUGCGAAGAAAUAUUAUUGAAUAUGUACCAAACGAUGAACUUUACAGGCCAUGUCAUUAUCUACCUCAUCAUGGCGUUGUAAAGAGGGACGACAAAGGCCUGAAAAUUCGUUGUGUAUACGAUGGCUCCGUGAAAAUGAAGGGCCAUUUGAGCCUAAACGAAGCAUUGUACAGGGGACCAGUUCUCCUUCCUGAUCUCGUCGAUAUUGAGACGGAGAAACGGCAAAGGAGUAUCGUCGUUGCAGGUCUGAAGGAGUCAGAAUUGGAUAAACCGCUUUUGGAAAGGCGAGCUGAACUGGAAAAAGGUGUUGCUGAUAUUUUGGAAACUCUGAAUAUAGAUUGUCGGCCAACGGAGAUUUUUCGAAUGCGGAAGGCUGAUGUUAAUAGGCUGCUGCUCGUAAAGCUGGCAUUUCCGUUUCGCGUCCAUUGGAAACAAGCCCUCACCAAUGCCCAUCUCCUACGGCACUCUGCAUUUUCUAACAUCUUCAUUCGUAGGAGUAUGACGGCUGCGGAACGCCUCAGGAGUACGAACUGA